AUGACCGGCUCAAAGAAGCGUCGCAAUCCUGAUACCCCUCCGUCGACGCCGCCCAAGCGUGCUCGUCAGUUCUUUGUCGAGCAACACACACCGUACAAUCUAAAGUCCAACGUGCACUCGCCACACACGCAAAGCAUGUCCACAAACCAAGUGCUUCAAAAGCAACGCACUCAGAAAGAACUCGAGAACAUCCUUUUGCAAGAACUACAAUAUGUUACGUACGAAGGCACCUGGGUUUCCAAUCACUUCUGUCCUGCUCCUGCGCAGAUGGUCGAACAGGUAAUUGCACAUCUGGGGAAGGUGGAUCUUUGGAAACCUUCAACUAAAGAUGUCCUGAAUGUCGCUCGUAUGAAGACCUGGCCUCGCAAACGCUCUGGUGAAACCAAAUUCUACGAACCGUUCACUACCCUUCUCAACAAGAUCGUCGAGUCAUUGGCGGCGUGCUAUCCAAGCGAGUAUAAACAUUCGUAUCUCAGAUAUGUGAGAUUCAAAGGAUACGCAAAAACUAUGCAGGAGUCGGUCUCAGGAGAAUUUGUGUUGAAGCCGGACAUCGUUGGCGUCACAAAGUGGCUUCUCAACAAGGGAAGAGCGUCAUGGUAUUCAACCGUUUUGGCGGGCGAAGUCAAAUCUUCUUGGAAGGAACUCGUCCCUCAGGCUGGAACUUAUGCGCGCUGCCUGUUCGCGGCCUCGGAUCAUCGCAUCUUCAUUCCUAUCCUGGCUCUGGAUCACUCAACUUCUACAUUCCGCCUGUUAUUCUAUCAUCGUAGCGGAGUGCUCGCCACGCACGAUAUGGCCCUCCGCACGGCGUCCGGCUUCAAAGACUUCGUCUCCACUAUCGUCGGGAUGUGGCUUUGGCGAGAGCCCUCUCAGGUUGGAUAUGUACCCACGCAGCUGCCCACCUACCUCUCAUUCAACAAUAUCAAAUACUUCAUUCACAAUGUCGUCUGUCGUCGUCAGGCUAUUCGUGGGAGGGUGACUACUGUGUAUGUUGUGGACCGUGAGGAACCGCCCCCGGGUGCGACCCGGUACCUUGCGGUGGCUCAAGCGGAAUGUGGUGGUCGAGAGUGGAAAUGCCUGAAUCCGUUCGACUAUCAUGACGAGCAACACGAGGCCCUCGAGUUCGAUGAAGGCAGUGACGAAGAGGACAGUGACGAAGAGGACAGUGACGAAGAGGACAGCGACGAAGAGGACAGUGACAAAGAGGAGAGCGACAAAGAGGACAGUGACAAAGAGGAGAGCGACAAAGAGGAGAGCGACAAAGAGGGCGGGGGGGCUGAAAGUCAGGAUGACGAUGGUGUGGUGACUACGCAAGAGCUGCUUCUUCAUGGCGGCAUCCCUGAAUCCUUUAUUGUCAAAUGCUCUCAUCAGCUUCCUGGUCGGACAACGGAGCUCGAAGUGUUCAGCGCCGUGCAAGGAUUCAUCGGCAUCCCCGAUGUCAUAGCCGAAUACGAUGCACUAUGCUUUGUGAUUCCCGCGGACAAAACGCCCUCGCCAUGGAGCGUUCUUACUGACACGGAGAGUGACAUCCUCCCAUACGAGUCUCGGGUUCAUAAACACACCCUUAUCGCGUCCAUUGGUCAACGUCUCACUGCGGAUCUGACUUUCAGGCAAGUUGGCUAUGCAUUGCUCCAUGCGAUGAUCGGGCAUUGUGCGCUAUUCACCGAAGGGGGAUACCUCCAUCGUGACAUCAGUAACGGAAACAUAGUUCGCCUCGUUGAGUCUUCUCGGUCUGAUUGGAAAAUUCCGCCUAUCUUACACGGAUUAGUUACGAGCAAUGAAUGCAGCGCGGUCCUCAUUGAUGGGGAUGUCGCCAAGAAGUGGGGUAGCCCUGCGCAAGCUUCGGACCGAUCUGGGACUCUGCCAUUCAUAUCGGCGGGGCUAACGGACGCCUGGGCAAAAAGACGAGCAAUUGUUCAGACACCAAUCGAUGACCUAGAGUCGUUUGUCUGGGUACUCCUCUACGACAGCCUUGCAUGGACCCCUGCGAACGAAAGGACGACAACCGAGAAUGAUUGGUGGGGAAAGAUUAACCAGGACACUUUGAGCUCCCUCGCGGAUUUUAAAAGGCUUCUCUUAGAAGUCGACUGGGGAUCGCGGAUGGCAGACAUCGAGGACGAUCUCUCCGGAAUCCUCGCUCUAUUUCAGCCUUUACUUCACGCGUGGUUCCUCCAGUCCACCAGAUUCGCCGCAGCCCACAGACAAUUGCUUCGCGAGCAGAGCGACGAAAACAAGUUCACCCAACUGUACGAUGAUGCGUAUAAAGCUUUCACUUCUGUUGGCCUGGAGAAAUGCGCCGCGCUUCCCGAUAUUCCUAUCAAAUCUGUACACAAACAGUAG